UGCUGGAAGCAUCUCAGUAGAAUAUUUCUCUGUGACUUUCAAGAAAAUAGUUUUCUAUCUGAUCCCUAAACAGCUUGGAGAAAUAGCUUCCAUGGCCUUGUUGUGAGACGGGGCCCAUUGAGUUAACGCUGGGAUCAGGAUCAAUACACACCUAGUGUGUGACAUAGUGAAAGGAAACUUUUUCUGUCUUUGAACUUCUCUCAGUAGUCAUUUUGCCUCCCCUUGGGGAUCACCUGCUCAGCCUCGAUGGCCUUUCAGGAGCUCCUGGAUCAAGUUGGAGGCCUGGGGAGAUUCCAGAUCCUUCAGAUGGUUUUCCUUUGUAUCUCCAGCCUCAUAGUGUACCCUCAUAUACUACUGGAGAACUUCACUGCAGCCGUCCCUGGUCAUCGCUGCUGGGUCCACAUCCUCGACAAUGACACUGACUCUGCUAAUGGCACCGGGACCCUCAGCGAAGAUGCCCUCCUGAGAAUCUCCAUCCCACUGGACUCAAACCUGAGGCCAGAGAACUGUCAUCGCUUCCACCACCCCCAGUGGCAGCUCCUUCACCUGAACGGGACUUUCCCCAACAUGACUGAGCUAGACACUGAGCCCUGUGUGGAUGGCUGGGUGUAUGACCGAAGCUCCUUCUCCUCCACCAUCGUGACUGAGUGGGACCUGGUAUGUGAAUCUCAGUCACUAAAAUCAUUGGCAAAGUUCUUAUUCAUGGCUGGAAUGCUGGUGGGAAGCAUCAUAUAUGGUCAUUUAUCAGACAGGUUUGGGAGGAGGUCAAUGCUCAGAUGGUGUUUGCUCCAGCUCGCCAUUGCUGAUACCUGUGCAGCCUUUGCUCCCACCUUCCUCAUUUACUGCUCACUGCGCUUCUUGGCUGGGUUUUCUACCAUGAGCAUCCUGACAAAUAGUUCCGUGCUUAUUGUAGAAUGGACAAUACCCCGAUUCCAAGCCAUGGGAGUGGUAAUAGCAAUCUGUGCCGCUUGUGUGGGACAGAUCAUCUUGGGAGGACUGGCUUUUGCCAUUCGAGACUGGCUCACACUUCAGCUGGUGUUUUCUGUACCAUUAUUUGUCUUCUUUCUUUUCUCAAGGUGGCUGGCAGAGUCUGCUCGGUGGCUGAUUAUCAGCAACAAACCUGAGGAGGGCUUAAAGGAACUUAAAAAAGCUGCACACAGGAAUGGAAUAAAGAAUGCUGGAGACAUCCUAACCAUUGAGGUCGUGAGGUCCACCAUGCAGGAGGAGCUGGAGGCAGCACAGAUCAAACCUUCUGUAUUUGACUUGUUCCGCACACCCAACAUGCGUAAAAGGAUCUGUCUCCUGUCUUUUGUGAGAUUUGCCAACUUCAUGUCCUUUUUUGGCCUGACUCUCCACCUCCAGUACAUGGGGAACAAUGUUUUCCUGUUCCAGAUUCUCUUUGGUGUAGUCAACCUCCCAGCCAAUUAUGUUGCAUUUUUGGCACUGAAUCACUUGGGUCGUCAAGUAAGCCAGACGCUUUUCAUGUCUCUCCUUGGAAUCUCCAUCCUGUCCAUCACAUUUGUGCCUCAAGAAAUGCAGACUCUCCGUGUGGCUUUGUCCGCUUUGGGAGUAGCAGUUUCUUCUGUGGCUCUUAUGUGUUCUUUUACCCAUGGAAAUGAACUAGUGCCCACCAUCAUCAGGGUAACAGCUACAGGAAUCAUGGGAAUUGCUGCUAAUAUUGGGGCAGCCCUGGCUCCCCUCUUGAUGAUCCUAACGGUGUAUUUUCCCCACCUACCUUGGAUCAUCUAUGGAGUCUUCUCCAUCCUCGCUGGCCUUGUCGCCCUACUCCUUCCUGAAACCAGGAAUCAGCCUCUACCUGACUCUAUCCAGGAUGUGGAAAAGGAGAGAAAAGUUUCAAGAAAAGCAAAGCAAGAAGGUACCUUCAUGAAAGUGACACAGUUUUAAGGAAUUCCAGUAACUAACUGCUGAUUCAAGAGCAAAAGAAAAGAAAAGAAUGAGAUAAUGCUUAGAUGCCAGGAAAUUUUAUAAAAUAAAUAAAUAAAAGUACAUAAUGCAAAAACAGAUUUUUUUACCAUUAUGGUACUAAAUUACUAAGUAUAAAGCACCUAUGAAUAGUCAUAGUAAGAAAUGUGAAGAAAACCACAAUAUUUUAAAGGACUUUGAAUAUUUGUGUAACUGUUGAUAACUAGCAUGUUUCUGGAUAGAAAGUUUCAAUAGUACUAAAAAUAACGAAUCUUUCCCCAAUUAAUUGGUAGAAUGAUGUAAUAAUUAUAUUGAAAAACCACAUAUUUUUCGAAGAAUUUAAAAAAUGGUUACCAAUUAUCUAGAAUUUAAUAAUUCCUGGGGUAUAGCUCAAUGGUAAAGAAUUUGUUUAUCAUGCAUGAGGUCCUGGGUUCAAUUUCUGGUACCUCCAUUGAAAUACAUAAGUAAACCUGACCCCAAGAAAAAAAAGUGAUAAUUUUUUAAAUAAUAAUAAUUAGAAUUUAAUAAUAAACAAGAUGAUUCAAAAAAAGAGGAUAAUGUAGUGGGGGUAGCUGGCUAGUCUAUGGAGUAGCAUUUGCUGGACUUUAUUAUAGUUGCAAUAGUCAAAGCAGUUGUAGCAGAUGUAUUUGCAUAUCAAAGGAAGUCCAGAAACAGACCAUAGUUGUAACAUUUUAUAAUUUUGGCAACAUAAAUGUGCGCAAAAUAAAGAAUUAUGCAACAAAUAGUGUAACUAUAUAAAAAUAAAUGACUAAUAAUGUAAUUUCAUAUGCUAAACCAAAAAUUUCUACUUUAAUAAAAAGUUAAAUGGAAUCAAUAAGCCAUAAUUUUCAAUAGAAAACUUGGCUACAAAAUCUUGGAAUAAAAAAUAUUCGGAAUAGUUAAGCAAAUGCCAGAAAUUUAAAGACAGGUGGGUUGAAUAGUACUUAUUUAAAGCCUAUGUUGGGCACAAGGGAUUUUUAGGGCAAUGAAAUUAUUCUGUAUGAUACUAUAGUGGUGGCUUCAUGUCAUUAUGCAUUUGUCAAAAUCCAUAGAAUGUACAACAUCAAGAGUGAACCCUAACGUAAUCUACAGACUUUGGUUGAUAACAACGUACCCAUGUUGGUUCAUUGAUUGUACCAAAUAUGCCACACUGAUGGGGGAUGUUGAGGGUAAGGGAGUAUAUACGUGUGGGUGGGGAGGGCUAUGUGCGAACUCUCUUGUAUUUUCUGCUCAGUUCUGCUGUGAACCUGAAACUGCUCUAAAAAGUAAAGUCUAUUAAUAAAAAAAAUAAUAAAUAAAGCCAAUGUUGGGCAAAACUCUAACAAUGUAUUGGAUAAAACUAGAAAAAUAUUCACCAAAAUAAAAAAAGUUAACUUUUAA